GAUUACUUAAGUUCGCGGAAAACUAAGUUUCUAUGUUUCACAAGACAACUACAUGGUGCAUGUGAUUUACUGGCUUGUAUCCCACAAUGGUUACAUGUGAACUGAUUUACUUCACACGACCACUACAGUUUUUGUCUUUUCGGGUCUGAUUGACAAUGAGUCGUAAGCAGACACCCAGUGAGUUCCUGAAGCAAAUUAUUGGUCGCCCUGUCAUGGUGAAGCUGAACUCGGGGGUAGAUUAUCGAGGAGUGUUGGCUUGUUUGGAUGGAUACAUGAACAUCGCCUUGGAACAGACAGAGGAGUAUGUCAAUGGGCAGUUGAAAAAUAAAUAUGGUGAUGCUUUUAUCAGAGGAAAUAAUGUGUUAUACAUCAGCACACAGAAGAGACGGAUAUAGCUAGUGGUAUAUCAAUGUGGUAUAACUAGUGGUAUCACAAUGCACUUCAUCCAAUCAUCACCCAUGCAAUCAAAAACUCAUGGAAUCUCCUUGUGACAGAUCAUGUGAUGUACACCUCAGCUGGUGGUGUCCAGCUAAUGGUGUAUAAUGAGUUGACCAUAGAACAUGAUGUAUGUGUAUCGGUUCCCCUCAUCGACCAUGUACCAACACCUCUCAUCUAUACUGAUCAAGCGGGAAGAUGAACUUCUUUGUUUCUAAAUACACACAUUGUUGUCUGUCAUACUGACAUUUUGAAAUGUUUUGUUGUACAUUUUGAUGUCCUUGUCCAUAAAAUAUCAGCAGAAAUAAAACAAUAUUAAAGACUAA